AUGCGCUCUUUCGAAUCGCCGCGUCUACGACGAACGGCCGUCUUUGCAAUCGUGAUUUCCGUACUCUUUCUCCUGCAUUUAUGCGACGACUAUGCCAACAUCACGCCUCUGUACUGGCAGUCGGCACAAUUGAAAGGGGGACGAUCAUGGGAUAUAGCACCCAUCGAGCCUUACUGGGAGUGGAACUACACAACCGACGCGAACAAUCUCCUCCUCACGCAUACGCAUUGCGAGCAAGCAUUCCACGGCCUCUUCAAGCCUAUCGACCAGAGCGUGCGUCGCCACCGAGCACCUUACAAUAAGGUGAAACUAAGCGACCUCGACCAAGUCUCUGGCACCAAAGGCGUCGUGCGGGCGAUGAUCUACGACCAACAAUUGUACGUCAUCAGCACAGCCGGCUCGAUAUCCAAACGCUCGCUGGAGGUCCUGGCUCAAAUCAACCGCGCUUUGGUGACGAGCCCCGAGGAAGUAGCGAACAUCGAGUUCACGUUCACAACCGAGGAGAGAUCCUCACACUACUCUCGCUCCUCAGCAUCCGCGAAGACAUGGGCCUUCGCUCGAGCACCCACAGACCACAAGACUUGGCUCAUGCCCGACUACACCUCCUUCAGCUGGCCUGAAGCAGGACCCAUCGAGUCAUUCCACGAUGCACGCCGCAGAGCCGAAGCCAUCGACACCAUCGACUGGGAACAAAAGAAACCCCAUCUCCACUGGCGCGGCAGCACAUCCAGCAUAUCACAACACCCUGACUUCCUCUCCUCCACCGCCAACGCGCCCUGGGCCGACGUGCAGAUCACCUCCUCCCCCCAACACCAGCACCACCACGAAACCAACCUCUCCUCUUCCCCCUGCGAAUCCAAAUACCUCGCCCACCCAGAGACCUCCUCCUACAAUAACCAUCUCAAAUACCUCCAACUCUGCACCUCCGUCCUCCUCCUCCCCUCCUCCCUCAAAUGGACCACCUCGCACACGCACCUCCUCCAACCCACCGGCCCCGAGCAGAACUACCUCGAAGUCAGCGACGACUGGUCGGACGUCCGGGCGAAAAUCCGGCAUUUGCAGAGUUGGGAUACGUUGGGGGAGAGGAUUGCGAGGAAUGGUGCGAGGGCAUGGAGGGAGAGGUGGGCGACGCCUGCGGCGGAGGUUUGUGAGUGGAGGCGGUUGAUGAGGGGGUGGAGGGAGGGGAUGGGGUUUGAGGUGGAGUUUUAUGAUGAGGGGAGGGAGAGGGGGGUUUUGUGGGAGAGGUUUGUUUUGGAGAGGGUUGGUGGGGAGGGUUGA